GCCGAGGCUGCCGAUCGCUCCUCCUCCCCGGGCUCCCGGCCUCGGGGACCGACCCGAACACCCGAGCGCAGCCAUGCGCAUCACCCCAUGGCAAGGCCGCCCCCCUGCGCACAGGGAGACCAGGAGUCCCGUCAAAUUGGAGCCAACAGCAGAACAGAAAGGGGUGCAGGUGGCAGAAUGGCUGAGUGAGGUGGUGACAUGGAAGGCAGAGUUAGUGAGCACGGGGAUAAGCUCUGGAGCGGCAGACACACAUGGGCAGCUGUGCCGGAGCUGUGGCCGAGGUACCAUCGACAGUCACGGGAAGCGAGGCUGUCCCCACACAGAGGGGCAGCACCCACAGGCUACCCGCGGGGCUCAGCUCCUGCCUAAGAGAGCCAGCCCUCGACCAUAUCCCAAGUGCCCGAAACCUGCUCACACAGGUCCUCUGCAGCCCACACGCACACCACAGGUCGGUGGCAAGGCCUGUCCCACCGGUGCCACCGCCCUACCUCGUCAGCUGGGCUUUGUUGCUUCCCACCUCUUCCCUAUUUUUACAACUUCACGGAAGAGUUUAGCCGCUUCGCCUCCCAUUCCCUCCCACAACCCCUGACCUCGGCCCUGCUCACCGAGUCGGGGGCAGGUAUCAAGGCCCAGGGGCACCGGCAGACGUAACACACCGGAGCGUCCAGCAAGUCUGAGACGCCGAACUAGCCAUGCAAAGGCCACCGACCCACGCCCGGCUGGGGACGCGGGAGCCCCGCCGGAAACGGCUACGGCCGGGGCAGGCCCAGCUCUGCCGGCGAAGGCCCGAGGAGCGGCAAGGCUACGAUUCCGCCGCCCUUCCUGGUGUCCCUGGAAGCCUCUCCUGUCUUCCCGAAGGGCUCACCGAAAGCCGGGGGUUUCUCCCACCGGCGUGCGGCUCCUGGUGCACCGGGCCCAGCUGCCCUUUCCGGCCAAAUCUCCUGAGCCCCGGAGGCAAAGGUCUCUGGCGGUGUCAGGGUGUGAAUGCACAGCAGCCUGCCCAGCAGCAUCCCCACCAACGCAGCUGCAGGCUCGCUGACAGAAUGGCAUGGCACUGGCUGGCACUGGCCCCCUUCCUUCUGACAGCAGUUUCAGGCAACACAGCCCCCUUCUUUAACCAAACCUUCUUCACUGUGCCUGAAGACCUACAGCUGGGUCAGCAAGCUUUUCAGCUGGUGGCUUCUGACAUAGACGGGGACCCUCUCACCUACAGCAUCAGUGGGCCAGAUUCCUUCUACUUCUCUGUUAAUUCUACGACAGGCAAUGUGACCCUGAGGAACUCCCUCGACCGUGAGUUGCAGGCCAAGCUCACCAUCACCGCUGGGGUGUACGAUGGGAAAAACGACCCAGUCUCAACGAAAAUCACGAUCAUUGUGGACGACCGAAAUGACAACGCCCCGGUCUUCCAGUACCUGCCAUACGAAAAGACUAUCCCUGAGAACACACCACCAGGCAGCAUCAUCUACAAUGUGUUUGCUAAUGACAGUGACACUGGGAAUGCCGCCAAAGUCAGCUACAGCAUCGAGGAGGUAAUUCCAAACAGCAUAAAUAAUCUCUGGCUCUUCUACAUCCUGCCCAACGGGAGUGUGGUACUCAAUGGCUCACUGGACUACACCAAGAACACCUUCUACCAGCUCAGGAUCCUUGCCAAGGAUGGUGGUGGGUUACUGCACAAUGUAAUGACAGUCCAGAGCAGUUCCACUUACUUGUCACUGACCAUCCGUGACCUGCCUAACCUGGACCCACAGUUCCUCAGCGAGCGCUACUCUGGCUCUGUGCCUGAGAACUGUCCCCUGGGCACCACUGUGCUGACUGUCACUGCUGUGGACAGAGACACGGGGGUGAACGAUGAAAUCUUCUACAACAUAACCAAUGCCACUGUCCCCUUUGCUAUCAAUGCUGUGACUGGCACCAUCACUGUGAAUGGGCCCCUGGACCGUGAGCAGCUGCCAAGCGAGGAGAUUCUGCUGGAAGUCAUAGCACGUGAGGCACACCUGAACAUCUAUGGUGAAGAAGCCAAUGCCAGCACACUGGUGACAGUUCUGGUGACUGAUGUCAAUGACAACAAGCCCCAGUUCUACAACUGCUUACUCUACAGCUGCAAUUUCUCCACUGAUGCCCAGAACAGCUUUAGGGGCAACAUCAUAGAGCACUCCUCCUCCAGACUGCCCGUGUCCAACCUCAGCAUCGUCACCUACGACCCAGACAAGGGCAUCAAUAGCAGUUACAAGCUGUACCUGCAGGGUCCAGAUGCCAGCGCCUUCACUGUCUCCCCCACAGAGAUCAUGGGCACAGGGGAGGUUCAGAUCCUGGUGCAAAACUCAUCCAUUGUGGACUACGAGAAAACCCAUGUCAUGGUGGUGCAGAUCAUUGCCAACGACACAAGAAACCCCACAGACUGCUGCUCCACAGCCACUGUGACCAUCGACAUCAUUGACAGCAACGACCACAGCCCUGAGUUCCCCCAAAGCACUUACUACUUGGAAGUGAUGGAGAACAGCCCUAAUGGCACCAUCGUUUCACCAAACAUCACGGCCUAUGAUCCAGACAGCGGCGUCCUGGGUGAGAUCACCUAUUACCUGCUCCCAGAAAGCAUACAUGAAGUUUUCACGGUGAAUGCUACAACUGGGGCAGUGCUGGUGCAGAACGGGAACUUGCUGGAUCGGGAAACUCGCUCCAUCUACUAUGCCAACCUCCAGGCUAGGGAUGGGGGCAACCUGGUGGGCACCACAGCUCUGGAGAUCACCGUGCUGGAUGACAAUGAUAAUGCACCCAUUAUCGUUGGCUCCUACUUCAUCCCAGUGGAAGAGGGGCAAAAUGUCAGUACAGAGAUCCAGGCCAUUGACAAUGAUGAGCCUGGCACCCCCAACAGUCAACUAGGCUUCAGGAUCUUGCCAGGACUGUUCAGCAACAACUUCACCAUCGAUGCAGGCACAGGCAAGAUGUACAGCAAGGAACCACUGGACCGCGAGGCCUUGGAAGAUGAACGGGGGCAGCUGGUGGUGACAGUGGAAGUGUACGACCAUGGCAUGCCACCACUCAGCACCUCUGUGAAUGUCACUAUCACUGUGGAGGAUUUGAAUGACAACGCACCCAUAUUCCUUAACCAGUCCUAUAAUUUCUCCGUUUUUGAAGACUCUCCAGGGGCCCUUGUGGGUGAGGUGGAAGCCACAGAUGCUGACCGGACAGAGAUCAAUUCCCGCAUUUCCUUCCUGAUUCAGAGGAUCAAUGGCUCCAGCAACUUCUUGAUCCGCUCAUUUCGUCUGGCACAAGGGCACUAUGCUGGGCAGCUCUCUGUGGACCCUGAUACAUACCUAGACUAUGACACUCUGCAGCAGAAGGUCUUCUUCUUGACGGUGGUAGCAGAGAACACAGCUGCAGACAAUGUGGGGGACAGUGCCACGGUCCCUGUGAACGUCUACGUCCUAGACAUCAACGACGAGCCUCCCACCAUCCUGCCUGACUCGCUGCAAGACGUGAGAGUGAGCGAGAACGGCACACAGCAGGGGGUGGUCUGCACACUGGUUGCCUCCGACCCAGACACCAACCACUCGGUCGUCUUUGAGGAGCUGGGAGUUGCCUGCUUCAAGGGGGAAAACAGUGCCGGGGAGGUGUGCUGGGACUGGUUCGUGCUGGCACCCAACGGCUCAGUGCUGGUGAACAGCUCAGAGAUUGACUACGAGCUGUGUGACUCGGUGGUGCUCACGCUGCGGGCUGAAGACCUGUACACCGAGAAGGGCAACCGCUACAGCCGGAAUGAAACCUUGAGGAUACUCAUCACUGAUGUGAAUGACAAUGCGCCGAUCUUCCAGCCUAUAACGGAGACCUUCGUGGUCGUCCCUGAAAUCUCUUCCGCGGGCCUGCAAGUGGCUACUGUGAAGGCCACAGAUGCUGACUCAGGGGCAAGGGGAGAGAUCGCCUUCUCCAUUGUCAGUGUGGUGCUGGUAGAUGACAGUGGGGCCAGCCGGCCCUUCAGUAACCUCUUCCAGGUGGUGACGAUAACUGAGAAGGACGGCUACCUCGGGAGCAUCCGGGUGCUCAGCAACCUCGAUAGCUCACUGAAGGGGCAGUACCAGGUGACAGUGGAGGCUCAGGACAAGGAAGAACCAGUGCACACAGCACAGACUGUGCUGAAUAUCUUCACAGUAGAUCAGAGCUACCGCAUUCGCCUCCAAUUUCUGGUAACUGCGGAUGAGGUCCAGAGUAACUCUGAAGAUAUCAAACGGGCCCUGACCACCGCAACCAAGGCAGGGGUCUAUGUGGUGUCCAUCCAGACUGUGGAGAACACCCGUGCCUCGGGGAUGGAACCCAAGUCAGUGAUGGAGGCAUACUUCGUCUACAGCAACGGCACUGCCCUGGACGUCAUCCAGCUGAUCGCGCUCAUACAGUCCGACCCACUGAUCCUGGCUGAACUGGUGAACUUGGGUCUGGCUAUCAUCGGCCCAGGGGAGGUGACGAAGCCCAGCAGGGAGACAGAGCUGAUCAGUAUCAUCGCAGGGCUGGCGGCAUUCCUGCUUCUCUCCAUCUUCAUCAUGACCCUGGUCUUGGUUCUGACCACCAGGAGCUACAAGAGGAAGCUGAGUGCAAUGAAGGCUCUGAAGGUGGCCACGACGCUCAGCCCUGCCAUGGCACAGCAAGGAGCUGGCAUCCCUGGGACCAACCAGUACAAUGCAGAGGGAGCCAACCCUAUUCUGAACCUCUCGCUUGAUCCCUCCCACGACCUGGGUUUCCACGAGGACUCCAGCUCCGUGGCCAGCAUGAAUUCCCUGGAUGAAAACACAGUCAACACAGCUGAGGACGAUAAUGUCAAGGCCAAGCAGGGCAAAGCACAGCUGAUAGAUGACACCAAUGAGGAGGCACUGGUGGCUGCUCUGAACCUGAAGGAACCCACCAAAAUAGCGUACAUCAACACCACCUUCACCACCACAGACCUGUGAGCAGAUGCGUGGAGUGCAGCAGGGCUGGAGCAGGACUCAGGCAGCUGCUUUGGUGAUGUCAUGUUCAGAAUCUGGCAAUAAAUCUGUUCCAUAGGGGU